GGCAGGGACUGGUCAGGUGCAUGUGCCACACUUGUUACAGGACCUGGAAUUAAGAGGAAGACUCCCAACCCAUAAAAUGACAGAAGACAAGGUCACUGGGAUCUUGAUUUUCGCUGUCUUCACUGCAGCACUGGGCUCCUUCCAGUUUGGAUAUGACAUUGGUGUGAUCAAUGCACCUCAACAGAUAAUAAUAUCCCAUUAUAGACAUGUUUUGGGUAUUCCACUGGAUGACCGAAAGGCUAUCAACAACUAUGCCGUCAACAGUACAGAUGAACUGCCCACGAUCCCAUACCCAGCGAACCCAACACCAAACCCUGGGGCUGAGGAAGAGACUGUGGCAUCUGCUAACCUAAUCACCAUGCUCUGGUCUCUGUCUGUAUCCAGCUUCGCAGUUGGUGGAAUGAUUGCAUCAUUCUUUGGUGGGUGGCUUGGGGACAUAUUUGGAAGAAUCAAGGCUAUGUUGAUAGCAAACAGUUUGUCGUUAGUUGGAGCUCUCUUGAUGGGGUUUUCGAAAUUGGGACCAUCUCAUAUACUUAUAAUUGCAGGAAGAGGCAUAUCAGGACUCUACUGUGGGCUAAUUUCAGGCCUGGUUCCAAUGUAUAUUGGUGAAAUUGCUCCAAUCCCUCUCAGGGGCGCUCUUGGUACUCUUCACCAGCUGGCCGUUGUCACAGGCAUUCUUAGUAGUCAGAUUGCUGGCCUUGACUUUAUCCUGGGCAGUCAUGAUCUGUGGCACAUCCUUCUUGGUCUGUCUGCUGUGCGAGCCAUCCUCCAGUCUCUGCUACUCUUCUUCUGUCCAGAAAGUCCCCGAUAUCUUUACAUCAAGUUGGAUGAGGAAGUUAAAGCAAAGAAAAGCUUGAAAAGACUCAGAGGAUAUGAUGAUGUCACCAAAGACAUUAAUGAGAUGAGGAAAGAAAGGGAAGAAACGUCAAGUGAGCAGAAAGUCUCCAUAAUUCAGCUCUUCACCAGUUCCAGCUACCGACAGCCUAUUUUAGUGGCAUUGAUGCUGCACGUGGCUCAGCAAUUUUCUGGAAUCAAUGGGAUCUUUUACUACUCAACCAGCAUUUUUCAGAAGGCUGGAAUCAGCCAACCUGUUUACGCAACCAUUGGAGUUGGUGUCGUCAACACUGUUUUCACUGCUGUCUCUGUGUUCCUUGUGGAGAAGGCAGGGCGACGCUCCCUGUUCCUAAUUGGAAUGAGUGGCAUGUUUUUCUGUGCCAUCUUCAUGUCGGUGGGACUUGUGCUCCAGGAUAAGUUCGCUUGGAUGAGUUAUGUGAGCAUGGUAGCCAUCUUCCUCUUUGUCAGUUUCUUUGAAAUUGGGCCAGGUCCAAUCCCCUGGUUCAUGGUGGCUGAGUUUUUCAGUCAAGGACCACGCCCUGCUGCUUUGGCAAUAGCUGCGUUCAGCAACUGGGCCUGCAAUUUCAUUGUAGCUCUGUGUUUCCAGUACAUUGCGGACUUCUGUGGGCCUUAUGUGUUUUUCCUCUUUGCUGGAGUGCUCCUGGCCUUCACCCUGUUCACAUUUUUUAAAGUUCCAGAAACCAAAGGAAAGUCUUUUGAGGAAAUUGCUGCAGAAUUCCAGAAAAAGAGUGGCUCAGCCAAAAAACCAAAAGCUGCUGUGGAAAUGAAAUUCCUUGGAACUGCAGAGACUGUGUAAAUAUAAACUGCUUUUGACAUGAACAGAAACAGUAAGGGAACUGUGUGUUUUUGCACACACAUCUUGAACUAUUGUUUUAUUUUUUAAAGAGCUUUUAUGGGCUCUGAUCAGAAAUGUCAUCAAAUAUUACCAAAGAAAGUAUUUUUUUAAAAGUUAAAGAAUCUAUUUUUGAUGGUAAGACUCUAUAAUUAAGUAAACCAAAAAGGCUAGCUCGUUUUGUUACGCUAAAGGGCCAGUGGCUGGGUGCGGUGGCUCACAUCUAUAAUCUUAGCACUCUGGGAGGCCGA